ACUUAUUUCCAAGGGGGGUAGGGAACUUGAUUAAUAAAAAAGACUGCGAAUUUACCAAAAGAUAAAUUGUUUUGAGAGCUGCAGGAUUCGAACCUGCGCGGUUUCCCAUCGCGGGUUAUACGGUGUUCUUUCGAAGACCUAAACACGACGCCUUAACCACUCGGCCAAACUCCCAUUUGUUGAAGAAUUGACCUGGUGCUUUAGUAUAUAACGCAAAGUACUCAGCCGUCGGAUUUUUCAUAUGGGUGACAGAGUAAAGGUCAAGUUAAUUGGACAACCUGAGUCGUCUAGGCUGGCUUGAGCUUAGUGGGUCCUAAGCUAAGAUUCUUCUACGCAGACACAAGGCAAACAUCUAACAUCUAGCUUACCUAGAUUCUAACUCUACCGGGGUCCGAGUCACCACUCCCCCCAAAUCUCAAGCAUAAUGGCCUUUGACGACGAAGAUCCCACUCCAUCGUCGGCUUUGGCGCCCACUACUGGGGACCAAGGAACAGAUGAGGCGCCGUCGCUUGAAGAUGCCCUUACGGAUGAGAUGCAGGAUUUCCGGCUGUUCGCUUCGCUCUUCGACAAGAAGCAGGCCGGGGGUAAGACGCUACGUCGCGGCGAGAAGGAUUUCGAGUCGCAUGGCACGCGCGCGCAGCAAGGUGCCUUGGACGCUAGCCGCGAUGCUAUGCACGAGGUCUUGAGCUACACCCGUUCUCACAAGCCCAAGGACCACACUCGCGCCUGGUACUUCCCGGAUAAAUGGGUUGACGUACCUCUCGCGGAGGAGACGGAGGGCGAGAAGGGCGCGGGGUUGUUUGCUAGGGAGCGUGUGGUGGUCGUGGAGAAUGAGAUCAAGGGGCCCCUUGGCCAGAACACUGGUCGAGUUGUCACUGGUCUCGAGGGGUAUAAGCAGACGCCGGGGUGGCUUAAGACGUGGUUAUUGCCGGAGGAGGCUUUAUACCUGGUCGAACGUGGUUCGUUGGAUCUCUGGUGGCCGGCACGAGGUAUCGAGGAUAUCCUCCCGGUAAAGCAGGACGGAGCGAAUGAGAAGGAUGACGAACUUAGCGGAAAGUUUGAGGACUACGAGCUCGGAAUACCACUUAGUUUCCAGGCAGCAUACGCACUUCUUAUCGGCCAGGACGGCGAGAGAGGCAAGGUUAGCCUCGAGAAAUACCAGGUCUACGCUAACCUCCGGAGAACCGGAUAUAAAAUCAUGAGAGCGACUUCAAUAUCGUUACCACCGCCAGUCUCCGCUAAAUCCUUACCCCAGGCUCUAUGGCAGUGGUUAUUCUCUUUAUUACCCAUAUCAUCGCAAACGCACAUACCGUCCUGCGGACCGCUCGUCAAGCCAGGCCUGUACCGCUCCUACAACCCAAUCUUCACACAGCUCGCCCUGCUCCCGCGACACACACCUGCCCCCAACCCCCAAGCUUUCACCCCACCGCCGGAAGAGCCGUUCCGGAUCCACUUCCACGUGUGGAAGAGUAGCACCGCGUUCCCCAAAACCAAGCCCCCAUCUCCCGACUUCCGAAUCGCAGUCGCAGACGCGCGCAACUCAUCCGUCCCAACUCUCGAGCAACUGACGGCGCUUCUAGAGCACUGCACACCGUGGGAUCCGCCCGAGGUGAAAGACGGCAAGGAUGGGGUAGGAGCCGGGGCCAUGUAUCGCCGUCUUAAACACGCGUGGCGCAAUGCGAUUAUCGCGGUCGUGGAUCGCGGGCUCAUUAGCUACGUCCGGUUUGGCGAGAUGGCGUUUGGGGAGGAGAAGUUGUACGAGAAAGUUGGUGGGGGCAGGGGGGCCAAGGGGAAGAGAGGCGGCAGAGGUGGGAGAGGAGGACGGGGCGGUGGGAGGGGUAGAGGACGAGGCGGAUGAGUUUAUGUCUGGGUUAUAGGGGAUUGAACUUCUUGAAGGUGUGGCUAUUGGCCAUCGAGAAGUGAUGAUAGUUGCGAUAUUGACAUCAUCCUACUUGUUGAAUUGACGGGAUGGGUAGGUACCCAGUUCAAUCUACAAGCUCAACGGAAUCUCAAUGGUAAUGUUAGGAAAAUGCAAAUUAUUACUUGUAUCUAUGUGUGUCGAUUCUCUUCGUGUUCGACGAAUAAUCACGUUGAAUAUAUAUGA